UAUGUCAUUCAGAGCCCCACCUACUGUCAGUUUACAUGUGAAAGCUACUACAACACAAAUGCGCGGAGGAUUCUGUGUAAUGUUGGAAACUUAAAAAAAACUUUACUUCCAGCACCACUGGUCCCAUCCAUUAUCCCUGGAUAUUUUCCCUGUAUCCGUAUCUGUCGAUUAUCUCUGGACACCCGGCUAUGAACAAAAAACCGAACUUUUUCAAAAACGCAAUCUCUCCGGAUAAAGAGCCAAGUUAUCCAAUCAUGUAUGGUGCUACAACACCCCCUAGUGUGCAGGUACCAAUUGGUUUUGAACAGCUUUCAGAACAACAACCGGGCAAAGAACAGCAAAAUGGUCGCAACACGGAACCAACUUCCAACGACGACUCCGAAGAGCAUCGUGAUGCUAAAAUUGAUGUAAAUUCUGAGAUUUUUCAACCCAACAGUGUUGUAUUCUCUUUGUCUGAGACACAGAAGCUAAUAACGGAACAAAAAUUACCUCGAAAGAAAAAGAAGCCACUCAACAGCCUGUUUUUUGACGACCAAACACGCCGAAUUGAUUUUGUGUUGGCUUUCAAUAAAGAGUAUGAUGAUGGCAAGAAUGAGACCCGAAGACAUCAGUUCGAAAACAGCUUGGAAAAGUUUGGACUGGAAUUGGAAUACGCACAGAAGGCCUUCAAGAAGAAAGUCAUCCAUUUUGUCAAGAUCCAUGCCCCUUGGGAUGUUCUUUGUGUUUACGCAGAGUUUUUACAUAUGAAGAUGCCUUUAGCGAAAAACGACAUCAACGUUCCAGAAAGUUGCUUUGACAAACUCUACUCACCAUUUAAGUUGGAUUCUGAUAUUGUGAAAGAAGAAGAUAACUAUUUCACGGCACCGUUUAGUCAGGAGAGAUUAAAACACAAUCCGUAUGUCAUUCAAAACACGGAAGAAUUUUUCACUUCUGCCGAAAGAAGUCGCAUUGUUAAUGAAAUUCUAUCAAGAGCAACUUUUGAGGGAGAAGGCAGAAUACGAAAAUAUGGCAUCAAAAGGUUACUAGGAAAUGCCUACAUAGCAGCUUAUCCACUCCACGAGGGGCCAUAUUACUAUGAGGACUCAAUAUAUGCAACCGGACCAAGAAACCCUCGACAUUUACUCUAUGAAAUGUGGGCCAGACCAAAAAUGUGGUACAAAAAGCAACCAUUGGAUGCGAUCAGAAGCUAUUUUGGAGAAAAAAUAGGAAUAUACUUUGCAUGGCUGGCGUUCUACACGCAGAUGUUGAUUCCAGCAGGCUUUGUCGGUGUUGUGGUGUUCAUCUAUGGUCUGGCAACAAUGAUGAAGGAUAUUCCAAGUUCUGAUAUCUGCAGCUUUGAUAAAUCUGGUAACCUCACCAUGUGUCCCCUCUGUGAUGAAUUGUGCCGAUACUGGAAAUUAGAGACAGUCUGCUACUAUGCUCGGACGUCGUAUCUUAUCGAUAACCCGGCAACCGUGUUUUUUGCGGCGUUUAUGUCAGUAUGGUCAAUGUUUUUCAUUGAGCUGUGGAAACGUCAACAGAAUGAAAUUGGUUAUGACUGGGAUAUUUCGAAUUUUGAGGAAGAGGAGGAAACUGUUCGCCCAGAAUUUGAAUCUACGGUUACAACCACUCGGGAAAACCCUGUCACCGAGACAGAAGAACCCUAUGUUCCUUCCUGCUUGAAGAUCUUUAAUUAUACAACAUCCAUUGUGGUCAUUCUGUUAAUGUUAUGCCUUGUGGUUGGCGCUGUUGUUGGUGUCAUUGUUUACCGUAUUGUCAUAAUUGCGGUGUUUGCCAAGCAAGAACACAUCAAGGAACAAGCCUCCAUCGUCACAUCUGUGUCGGCAUCGUUAAUUAACUUGGUCGUCAUUCUUCUUCUGAAUAUGCUUUACACCAAACUCGCUUACUGUUUAACUGAACUAGAGAAGCACAGGACUCAGACAGAAUGGGAAGAUGGAUUCACCCUUAAAAUGUUCCUUUUCCAAUUUGUUAACUAUUAUUCUUCCAUAUUCUACAUCGCAUUUUUUAAAGGAAGAAUCGUUGGGUCACCAAACAACUACAUCUAUCUUAACAAUGAAAGGCUCGAAGAGUGCAAUCCAUCUGGCUGUCUUGUUGAGUUAUGUAUUCAACUAGGAGUGGUCAUGGUAGGAAAACAAGCUUUCAACAAUUUCGUGGAACUGCUUUUGCCGAAGCUACAAAACUGGUGUAAAGUCCAUUACAACCGCGUCAAAGAUGUGGAGGAAGGUGAUGACGACGACGACGACGACGACAUCGACGACAAGGAAUCGACGAAACGAUGGGAAGUGGACUUUCUGAUGACAGAGGCGAAUCAACUGGGAAUGUUCUACGAAUACCUGGAAAUGGUGAUACAGUUUGGUUUUGUGUCCAUUUUCGUGGCAGCAUUCCCGUUGGCUCCGGUCUUUGCUCUGCUAAACAACAUUCUCGAAGUUCGUCUUGAUGCCUACAAAUACGUCACCCAGUUCCGUCGACCAUUAGCAUCGAGAGCUCAAGACAUUGGUAUUUGGUUUGGAAUUCUGAAAGGAAUUUGUAUAAUAUCAGUCAUCACAAACGCAUUAAUCAUAGCCUUCACAUCUGACUUCAUCCCCAAGAUGUUGUACAAGCACGUGAUAAGCCCCAACCACACCCUUGAGGGUUAUGUGGAAUUCAGUUUGUCUUACUUCAACGUAACCGACUUCCAACCACGAAGCAAACCAACUUUUGAGUCAAACGUCACAGAAUGUCGAUACAAAGAUUUCCGAUAUCCACCUGAUUCUCCGGACAAGUAUAAACACACUUCCACCUACUGGCACAUCCUUACGAUUCGUUUGGCCUUCGUUAUAAUAUUCCAGAAUGUGGUCAUGCUAUUAUCUUGGCUCGUAGCAGCCUUGAUUCCUGACGUACCGUACAUUGUGAAAAUCCAAAUGUUGAGAGAGAGCUACUUGACGAAACAAGCUCUCUUGAAAUUCCAGGAUGAGAAGAGAGAGAAGCGCCGAACUGGUUCCAUUGGUUUGAAAGAAGAAUGAAAGUAAAAUAUGGAAGAUGUUGCUGAGAUUUCUUUGAGUUUUCAAUGCAAAAACCGAAACUGUUUACUUGAAAG